AUGCAAGGAUGCUUUGAUGCAUUAGAAAAAAAAUACGUAAGUAUAGCAGUCUACCGGGAUAACUUACUACUGAUAUUUCUGAAGUUAGUAAUCUUAUUAAGCAGUGGCUGCUCUUUACAACAUUAUACUGUAUCCCCGUCUCUGAUACAAUUAAAUUUGAGAAUAGUGGUAAAUACAAUUUGAAAAAUAUAUAGAAUGUAGUUAGCAAUAGCCAUCAAUCAGAACCAGAUAGCAUAGGUUAGAGAGCAGAGAAAGAUAUAUUAGGUACCACAGCUAAUGCAGAGACCAAGUGAAAAAAGGAUUAUCUGAAUAUAAGGAGGGUAAAUUCCUCCAAAAAAAAGACUUUACCUGGAAUUAAAGUCUACAUCAGCUGUGUAUUUACCACGAGGCUGAAAAAGCAUUUGCCUUGGACGGCACUUUCAGGGGGCGCGGCAAAAAAGCCGCCCCUCAAUCGCCCUAGCAAAUGCCUUGCCAGCCUCUUGUCCUGGGGGGCCCAGGAGCUCACCGGUUGGCCACUGCAGGGACCCCCCGAAGCUGGAAUGGCUAAUGUUGCGGGGCGCGCAAGGGAGCACGGUCCCCUGAGCUCUCCCCUUUUCAGCUCCCUUGUGCGCCAGAGCCGGAAUAUUUAUUUAUAAAAUAUUUUACCAGGAUGGAUACAUUGAGAUUUCUCUCGUUUUUAAGUCCUGGGUCCACAAAACAUUGCAUUGUUACAAUAGGAUACAAUAUUACAAAAAUACAAUAUACAGACUAUAAAUAUAUAUAAACAUACACACAUUAAUAUAUUUAAUACAUAACAGGUAAUAAAUAUAUUCAACCAUGAUAGGUGCAUUCUGUGCUGAAGUAUAUUGUCAUAGAUCUCUUAAACGAUUUUAGAUUGAAUGAAGAUUUGAUUGUGUAAAGAAAUUACAUUCUAGUACAAAGCGGCAGAAUGAAUUAUAUAACGUAUUAAGUUUAUUAAGGUGAGUUUGCAGUGUGGGUGCAUACACUACAUCCCCAUAAUCAAUGACCGGCAUUAGCAUUUGUUGCACUAUCCGUUUCCUUACUGUAGGGCUUAGGUAGGAUUUGUUUCUGUACAGGGCACCUAGUUUUGGGUAAAGUUUUGAAGAGAUUUUUUCAAUGUGAAAACCAAAGGAUAGAUUGGGGUCUAGCAACAUACCUAGAUAUUAAAAAGAGCAGACAGCUCUCAGUAUGCUGUUUGAACUUGUUCUGAUACACAAUUGUUGAUUUCGUAGUUUACGUAAUUUAGGUACAGUUCCAAAGAUCACUGUAACGGUUUUGUCAGUGUUUAGGAAGAGUUUGUUAUUCGCUAUCCACUUUUCUACCUCUGUGAAUUGGUUUUGGAGCACAGCCUCAAGCUGCAGUAGCUUGGGUUUACUAGCGUAGAUGACAGUGUCGUCUGCAUAUAUGUGUACAGGUGAGGAUUUGCAGACAUUUAUAAAUAAUGUGACUAGCAGGGGGACGAGUUUGGAGCCUUGGAGAACACCACACGUGACUGGAAGUGGGAGAGAAGCACUAUCAGAAAUGGCCACAUAUUGAAAUCAGUCUGAAACAUACGAUCAAAACCAGGUUAGCGAACGAUCACCAAUGCCUGAGUUUUUAAGCUUUUGCAAAAGAAUACCAUGGUCUACUGUGUCAAAUGCCUUGGCAAGAUCAAGGAAAAUAGCUCUUGUUAAGUUUCCUUGUUGCAUGCCAAUUUGGAUGUCAUUGCAAACUUUUAAGAGAGCGUCAAAGUUGAGUGAUUUGGACAAAAGCCUGAUUGAUCAGGGGUCAAAUAAUUUGAUUGUUGAUAAUAUUCACAGUUAUGCGUGGAGGCAUUUUUACAAGAUUUUUGACAAUAUGACGUCAUUCUGGCUCACUAAGAGGCGCGCGAGGUUACUGAACAGGGAGAUCUAAGCUCCCUCUCUGCCUCCAAUAUGACCUGCCUGCCAGCAUAGCCAGCAGCAACCCCACUGGACCCCAGGGAAGAAUCCACUACAGCACUCCCAAAGGUAGGGAGGCUGUGUGGAUUGAAUUAAAAAUAAUAAUAAUUGUGAAUGUGUUAGUGUGCCUGUUAGUGAGUGUGUGUGUGUGUGUCUGUUAGUGAGUGUGUGUGUCUGUUAGUGAGUGUGUGUCUGUUAGUGAGUGUGUUAGUGUGUGUGUCAGUAAGUGAGUGUGUUAGUGAGAGUGUUAAUGUGUUUGUUAGUGAGUGUGUCAAUGUAUCUGUUAGUGAGUGUGUUAGUGUGUUCUAAUAGUGAGUGUAUUAGUGUGUGUCUGUCAGUGAGAGUGUUAAUGUGUCUGUUAGUGAGUGUGUUAGUGAGUGUUAGUGUGUGUCUGUCAGUGUGUGUAUGAAUGCGUCAGUGUGUGUAUGCGUGUUUCAGCAUGUGUAUCCAUGUCUGUCAGUGUGUGUAUGCGAGUCUGUCACAGAGAGUAUGUGUCUGUCAGUGAAUGUGUAUGUCUGUUAGUGUGUGUCAGUCAGCUAGUGUAUGUCUGACACUGAGUGUAUAUAUGUAUGUCUGUAAGUGUUGUAUAUGUGUGUUUGUCAGUGUGUAUCUGUCAGUGAGUAUAUGUGUGUCCCAGUGUGUGUGUCUGACACUGAGUGAGUGUGCGUCUGUCAUUGAGUGUGUAUGCAUUUCUCUCCGUAAGUAUGCAUGUUUGUCUUAUCAAGUUAGGGCAGCACAAAACCAGAAUACACCAUUGAUCUACAUAUACCAAUUAACAUUUACAUAAAGUUAAGCUAUACAUUUAAAUUUAUAGAUAAGCCUAUGUAAAAAGGAUAAUUUUAUCAAAUAAAAGUAUAUAUUUAUAUAUGUAUAUACACUGGCUUGUAAUGACAGACAGUCCUGUGCUGGUAUCCAGAUAAGGUAAAUAUCGAUCUGUUUGAGGUUAAAAUCCGUCUCUAAAAAUCACAUCCUCGCCACUGCAUGGCCAUUGAAACAAAGGUGCUAAAUAAAGUGCUAUCUGUGCUCAGUGAUAGGUAGACACCAAGGACCAUGAUGUCUCCCUUUUCAUUUAGCAAUAGCAUUGUAUCCUGAGAUGCAAGUAACCGAGUACAGUAAACCCCCCCAACACACAAACACACAUAUGAAUCAGAGCCGCCCACACCGUUCACCGAUCUUUCCUACACAUAGGCAGGGAUAAAAGCCCCUACAGACUAGGUCUACAAUCCUCCCGCCUACACAUACAGACAUGAAACCACUGAUCCCAACACACACAGUCUGGGAGCCUCUGACCUCACCAUCACAGACAAGGAUAGAAAACCCCUUCACACACAGACAUGGACCCAUUGACUGCCUAACACAUAAAUAGAUGGAUGAGAAACUCCACCUUAUUCCCAUAGAGGCAUUCUUACAUGGGCCUACAACUACUGGUGACGUAAUACAUUCCUAGUGGAAAAAAGUCUAGCUUGCCUUAAUAAAGCAAUGGCGACUCCAGCUACAGCAACCUGAUUAUCUUUAUACAGUUCUACAAAACUCCCACCUAUCAUCUAUGCUCGGCCGACGAUCUGCAUCUAUACUCCAGGGCAGGGGUAGGCAACCUUCGGCACGCCAGAUGUUGUGGACUACAUCCCCCAUAAUGCUCUUACACACAUAAUGCUGGCAAAACAUCAUGGGAGGUGUAGUCCAAAACAUCUACAGUGCUGAAGGUUGCCUAUGCCUGCUGUAGGGCUUCAUUAUUCUUUUUUAACUUCUUUCUCUGCUCCACCAUUAGACUGUGACCCAGUUUUCAAUCCUUUAAAAAAAUCAAUGAAAUCUCAGUUCUUCAAGAAGGCAUAUUAAUGAAACUGAUAGUACCUUUCCCUCCCCACAACUCACUAACUAAACUUCUCUCCUGCAACUUCAUCAUCUAAAAAACUGAACCAUUGUAGCUCUUGUAGUAGCCUACUUUUCCAGUAUAUGAAAUACAUCUUACAAGUCUCUAAAACAAUAAGUACAGAUACGAUUUUCAACCUUUUCUCUCUUUUAUACUCACAUGGUUAUUUACUGAAGUUUUAAUUAUCAGGGAUUUAAAGUGAAUUUAAAAUGUAGGCCAAAAUAAAUUAAUUGGAAAAAAUUCCCCUAGUCAGCUUUGUUUUUAAUUCAGUCUAAAUUUGCAGUUCAGUUUCAGACAUUUCACACUUUGGUGAAAAACUCUGUCACUGUUUAUACAUACACACUUCCUAUUCUGAAGACUGUCCUAUGAUCAAAUAUAUAUAUUUUUCUAUAAUCAUGGUAUUGCUAUCGUCAUUGCACAAUUUAUUUAAAUUCCGGGGCACAUGGUUUGAAUUGCAUUAAUUAAAAUUUUCUUCCUAUUCAUUAUUUUCUCAUCUACUUCACUCUGCUUAUUAUUCCCUUUCUCGGAAUUGUGCCAUUUUAAUUCCCUCACUCAUCUUACAUAUUUAUUCUCCAUUUUUGCUUUCUUCUUCAAUAUCUAAAAAAUUAAAUCUAUUGUAUACUUUAUGUAUUGUGUCUACUUGAUUUGCAAAAACCUCAUAUGCAUAAUUUAGGCAUAUUGGAUUAAGCAGUGCGUAAAAGAAUGUAGCUUUUACACAUGUACGUAUGUGUAUGUAAUUUUAUUCCUUAACAUUUGUUAAAAAAAACACAGUGCUUUAUAACAUACAAAAAUUACAUAAAAUGUAUUAUUGCUUGAAUUUUAAGUUAAGAAUAUGUAAUACUAUGAUUCUGUAAAACAUUAAUUUUCUUGUUUCAUUUUCUCACAGCUACAAAUGGUAAUACUUGGAGUAAGUGUUUAUGAAUUAAGCAGUAUUAUAUUGUUUGUUGUUCAAAUAUUUGAAAAGUUUCAUGUCUGAUUUUUUUGAAAUUUGUAGUUUAUUGGUUUUCCACAAGCGUAAAUGGGAGGGGGGAAGGGGAGAGGGUUACAGAAAAAAGAAGGAGGAGGAAUGGAGGGGGGGGGGAGGGAGUACAGUCACGAUACAAUGAGUCACAUGUUUAACGAUGGGUUAUGCAUUUACAUUGUUUACACAGUUACAUUGCUUACAGUUGCGUACGUUGAUUCAUUUUUACACAAUAGUCGGGGUCCUCUCCGUGGUAGUCGCCCCAGCUAGCCACUUUUCCAGCCUCAAUUUAUGCUAUUCUGUCUGUCUCUUAGCUCCUCACUGCCUGACUAUCCUAGCCCUGGCGUGCCCAUUUAGGCCUGCAGUUUGCUCUUGGGUCGUUACAACGUGCUGCUAGACUAGGAGUUGUGGGUUAGCCGUUCUCCAGGUGCGCCAUUGGUCCCAAGCUCCUCCAAGGCGGCUUGAGCCAGAACGCAUCCCGGAAAAACUUGUUUCAUAAAUUGCCUGGUUAUCCUGAAUAAGGUUUGGGAUAUUAGGGGCCCCAUUUGUCUUCCAGGAUUUAGCUAUUAGUUUUUGUGCGGUCAGCAGGAUAUGAUAUAUUAGUUUUCUCGACUGUAUGGGUACUUCCUUGGGGACAUCCAGUAGCAAAAAGGUUAUGGGCUCAAGAGAUAGUUUGACGUUUGUGGUGUCAGCAAUGAGUUUUUGGACAUCGCCCCAGUACCUAAUUAAUCGUGGGCAACGCCACCAUAUGUGAAGGACUGACCCCGCCUCUUGUUUGCAUCUCCAACACGUCGAAGACGAGUGGGGAUACAAUUUAUGUAAGCGAAGCGGCACCAUAUACCACCUGUAUAUUGUUUUCUGGUAUUGCUCCAUGAGGGAGGCAGAUUUGACCAGCUUCCUAACGAAGGAUGUGAGAGUUUUCCACUGAUUGUCAGUGAUGGAGGUCUGAAGGUCCAUUUCCCAUUGGCUUGCCUGUGUUGAGCCAGAUAGGGACUGGUAUGGCAGAAUUAGUUUAUAGCAACUUGAGAGUGGCUUAUAAGUUGGAGGAAUUUUACCCGUGAUACUUAUUUGUUCCCAGGUUGAGGGUUCUCCCUGUUUAUUAGAUUCUACCUUGUUAUCCUUGUUGAGUUUGUGCAAGAAGGAUUUAAGUUGGAUGUAUGAGUAUUGUGAUGUGUGUGGGAUAUUGUAGGUUCUAUUGAGACGCUCGAAGCUCAUCAGUCCACCUGGGUCAAAGGCUUGGGACAGGAAAGAGAUACCUUUCUCUUUCCAUGGAGUGGCAUGAAAGGUGGGGAUGCAGUACGUGAUGGCCUCGAUGGGCGUCGCCAUUGAGAGGGGGUGGGCCGUUUCGAACUUCGUUCUGUGUAAGUCCCAAAUUUGCAGUGCUAGUUGAAGUUGUAGGGGUAUCAGCGGGAUGGUUGGCCUGCUCCUGUUAGGUAGCCAUAACAGGUUGGUGACUAGGAAAGGUUUAAUAGCUAGGUUUUCUAAGGUCACCCAUUGUGGUCGGUUAUCUUUAGCUAGGUGGUUCAUUAGGGGCGCCAGAACCGCAGCCUGGUAGUAGUAUUUUACAUUCGGAAAUGCCAUUCCUCCAUGCCCUAUGGGGGCCGACAAUAGUUUGCUAGAGACCCUUGCCCGUCCCUUGCCCCAGAUAAACUGGAGGAGCGUAGACUGUAUGGUUUUAAAAUAGGAUUGUGGAACUUUCAAGGGAAGGUUCCUAAACACAUAUUGUAGUUUCGGUAAUAUAGUCAUUUUAAUUGCGACAAUGCGCUCCGUCCAAGUAAGGAACAGUUUGCCCCAUCCCCGUAACAGUGCCAAGCACUCAGUCCAGACUCUGGUGUAGUUGGUAGGGAACAUGUCAGAGGUCUUCCUAGUGAACGUCAGGCCUAAGUAUUUUAUAUAGUUUUUUCUCCACUCGAAUUGGUAAUCUUUGCGUAGUUGCGCUAGGACCUGUGGGUCCAAGCGCAGCCCCAAUGCCUGAGUCUUGGUUGCGUUUAGGGAAUAGUAGGAGAGUUCCCCAUAUUUUUCAAUGAGAUUCAUGAUGUGAGGGAGGGAUUUAUCUGGUUGGCAGACAUAUAGCAGGAUAUCGUCGGCAAAUGCGCUGAUCUUAAUAUGCUGGUCCUGCCAGAUGAUGCCUUCUAUGUCUGGAUGUGAUCUGAUGGCAACUAGUAGUGGCUCCAAGGCCAGCACGUACAGCAGGGGUGACAAAGGGCACCCCUGUCGGGUGCCAUUCGUAAUUUUGAAUGGAUCUGAUUUAAAUCCCGCCUGUAGUACCUGGGCCCUAGGGUGACAGUAUAGAGCGAAUACUUGUUGAAUGAACUGUUGUGGGGAUCCAAACACUGAGAGAACUUGCCGUAGGAAGGGCCAGCCCAGGCGGUCGAACGCUUUUUCAGCAUCUAAGGCUAAGAGCAACCCACCUGGGCCAGACCUCCGCAUCUGCUCCAUGAGCAGGGACAGUUUCCGGGUAUUAUCGAGCCCCUGCCUCCCCAUCACAAACCCCGUUUGGUCGUCAUGGAUGAUUGAGGGUAGUAUUUUGCCCAAUUUGGAGGCCAAGAUCUUUGCGUAUAUCUUAGCAUCCGUAUUUAGCAGUGAUAUUGGCCUGAAAUUCUUACAUUGAUCUGGGGGCUUUCCUGGCUUUGGCAACGUAACUAUGGUCGCUAGUAGCAUUUCGGGAGGAAGCUCCCCUUUCUCUGUGGCUACCUGGAAUACUUUAACUAAUCUGGGACCCAGUACCUCCGCAAAUGUCUUGUAAUACAGGUUGGGGAGGCCAUCUGCUCCUGGGGAUUUGCCUGGUGGAAGGUGUUGUAUCGUAUGGAGCACUUCCCUCAGUGUAAUAGGUUGGAGUAAUAAAUCCAAGUGGGAUUGAUUAAUUUGUGGGAGGUUAAGGUGGGACAGAAACUCCGUAAUGUUGUCGUCUUGUAUGGGGGGGAUUUCGGGUUUGUCUCCUAGAUUGUACAGGUCGGAGUAGUAUUUUGCAAACUCCUGAGUAAUAUCUAAUGGGUUUUGUAUUUUGGUGCCGUCCGGGCCCUGUAUGUAUGCUACUUUGGCGGCCGCCAAUUUCUCUCUCAGCCUAUGAGCUAAUUGUUUAUUAGCUUUCCCACUGUGGUGGUAAUGAGUCGCUUUCAUUUUAAGUAGGAAGUAGGACGUUUUGGCUGCGUGCAUUUCGGUAAGUUUGUCCGUUAGGGUUUGGAUUUGUUGUGCGAGAGUGUGUGAAGGUGCCUGCUUAUUUUGGGCAGUGAUAAUUGCCAGUUGUUUUUGGCAGUCCAUUAUAGUCAAUUGUUUGUUUUUCUUUUUAAGAUAUGAGGAGCAUCUAAUAAACAGGCCUCUUACUACAGCUUUGUGUGCCGACCAUACCAUGACAUCAGGGGUCUCCCCCUCAGAGUUUGUUUGGAAGUAAUGGGAGAGUUCUACUGCCACUUGAUCUACAAAGGUUUUAUCCUUUAGUAAGGAUUCAUUUAGUCUCCAAUUCCCUCUACCUUUGAACUGAAACUUGUCAUACAACUCCAGGGUCACUGGACUAUGGUCCGACCAAGUUAUGUCUCCCAUAACACACCCUGAGAUCUGCGCCAGUGUGGACUGGUCCACAUAGAAGGUGUCAAUGCGAGUAUACGUGUUGUGUACCUUAGAGUGAAAUGAGUAAUCUCGUUCGUUAGGGUGAAGUACUCUCCAACUAUCGUAUAGAUUGUGUAGUAAAAGUAUUUUGGACAGUUUCUUGCUCGUGGAAACUAAACUCGCUCGCCUAGUCCCCUUCAGGGUAGCGGUUGAGUCUAUGUCCGGAGACGUUAUGAAAUUAAAGUCUCCACACAUCACUAAUCCUCCCUGCCUCAGUUUAUCUAUUUCAUUAAGUAUGUGUCUUAGGAACCUCUCCGCUCCAGUGUUGGGGAAAUAUACCGAGGACAACGUGUAUUGAACAUUAUUGAAUAAACCCACAAGAACAAUAUACCUUCCCUGGGUAUCUAUAGAAAUUGCUUGCUCCUGGAACGCUAUGUCUUUGUGUAUGAGGAUGGAAACUCCUUUUGUCUUGUUGUCUGAGAGGGCAUGGUACUGUGUGGGAUAUAGUUUAGUGAAAAUUUAAGGGGUUCGAGUUUUCAUGAAGUGCGUUUCCUGAACACACGCUAUAUCUAUCUCGCCUUUCUUAAGAUCCUGCAGUAGUAGCCUGCGCUUCCCCGGGGAGUUUAGUCCUUUUACAUUGUAUGUUAGAAUUUUAACCAUUGUGGAGUAGGUAAGUUAGGGGCACUUUUAGUCUUGGUCAUUGGUACCGUAGGAGGUGUAAAAACAGUGACGUACUCCAGCAGUACGCAUCUGCUAUGUCGUUGUUUUUUUGAGCUGUAUGGAUCGUGACUAGGGGGAGCUGGUGUAGGGUGGGGCGAAGGGUAAGUAGGUGGGCAGGGUGGGUUGGGGAGAACUGGUGGGUGACACACCCAACUCGGCUCCAAGAUGUGGGGCCGUGUGACCUUACUUAUUGAGUAAGUACGUCUGGUGGGGGUAGUGGUGGUGAAGUUUCUACUCAUAGUGAACUAUCACCAUGAAACCAGAGGGGCAGUCGUACGCAUAGUUAUACUAUCAGUAAGUCAUUAAAAAUAAACACAAAACUUCGAAGUAGCUUAACAACUAACUAAACCCAGCCACUCUACACAGUAUCAUUCUACAGUUUGUCAACAUUUGUGCUCGUGCCCCCGUGAGAGGGCUAUUAAAGGCUUGCUGGGCAGCGUCAUACUCUAGCCAGCAAUCCUUGCUGCUUAGUUUAAGGAAACCAUUCUGUACCCGCUACAUUUAUGCGGUAAACUUAACUAUCUCUAAUAUGAACUAAUAAUAUAACAUCUAGGUUUGCGCUAUAGGGCAUGGUUAGUUACGUAUACUACCGAAGGUUACCAGUCUUUUCAUUUUACAGUCCAUUCUGGCGACUUCCUUGGCAUCGCUGUUGUCUUAGCUGGUUCUGGUGUCAGCAUAGGGAGCCCCCAGUCACCCAUUUUCUGGAUACCUUGCUUCAGGUUGGUAAUAGAAUGUAUCACUCCUUGAUGGGAGAUCAAAAGCUUAGCAGGGAAUCCCCAUCGGUAGCUCAGGUUGUGCUCACGUAGAAUGGAGGUGAUCGGCGACAUUGACUUCCUGAACUGCAGCGUAUCUGCUGACAGGUCCGCGAAGAUUCUGAUGGUGCUGUAUUCUUUCGGCAUGCCCGAAUUCCUGCUGACUCGCAUGAGCUUGUCUUUUGCGUGGAAAAAAUGUAUCCUGGCAAUUACAUCUCUCUCAGCCGUUUGCGGCAGGUGUUUCGGCCUGCGUAGCCUGUGUGCUCUGUCUAUAAUCAAUUGGUCUGGAUGAAUUUCUGGGGCCAGGCACUGGAACAUGUCUGACAAGUAAUUGUGCAGUUCGGCGUUGGUAACGGUUUCCGGCAUUCCCCUGAACCGGAGAUUGUUUCUCCUCGCCCUGUCUUCUAUGUCAGCCAGUUUUAGCCUGUGCGCUUCCAGACUUACUUCAAAUUCCUGGAGUUUAUCUGCCAAGCUAUUGUGUGCCUCCGCAUAUUCGUCCAUCUUAGACUCCAUUUGAGCUGUGCGAGUCCCAAUAUCUUGUAUAUCCUUCUGUAAGUCUGCUGUCAUAGCUUGUAUUUGCAGCUGCAUGUUUUUCUGUAUGGUGUCUGAGAAUUCUGACAUUAGUGAACGCAUUCCCCUCACUGUAAGUGGUUGAUCCUCUGCGCUCUGUGUGGGAGAUGAGCGAGGUGAAAGGGAGUGUUCCUGCGGUCCCGGGUCGCCGCCAUCUUGUACAGGCUCUUCUCCCUCAUGCUGUUUGGAGGCCGCGAUUUUCGCGCCAAAAAAGGAGGCUCGUUCCGAUUUCCCCGUUUUGGAUUUGGGUCUGUGAGCCAUUGCGCACAUGAGCCCCUGGUAAUUGGUAUGAGUAUUGCUCGGUAUACCGCUUAUUUAUUGCCCGUUCUGGUUUCUAUGCAGGGGGCUGCUCCUACAUGCGUCCGCUCAGCUCCGGCGGCAAGCCACGCCCCCUUCAUGUCUGAUUUUGAUGUAUAAAGAAAUCAAUGAAGUGAUUUUUGUUAAAAGGUUUACCUCCUUUAUGUAAUGUUUUAUAUAAAUAGUGCAUUUAAAUAUUGCAUAAAAAUACGUUUAAAAUACUCAAACAUAAAAAGAGAAUCAUAUUUUGAGUUCUUCCAAAACUCACAAAACUAUGUUGUCACCAAAUCACGAAGUGCCUAAUCCUGGUGUUUUUAUAGCUUUGCAAAGGAGUAGAGUGUAUCCCAUGAUGCUUAGCUAUCAUGGUACACACAACUUUUAAAUGUACUAAUACAUUUAAUAUCAUCUUACAUUGUAGCAGAAUUUAUAAAAAAUAUAUAGACAAGGGAAAAAUCUAUGAAUGUUAUGAUUUUUGACAUUUAUAUAGCCUCUACUUAUUACAUAGCGCUUUAUAAUAUUAUAAACGGGGGGAAUUUAACAAUAAAUGAGACAAUUACAAAAUGUUAUGUUAAAAAAAUAUAGUUCCCUUCCCAGGUUUCAAUCCUUCAGAAGCAUGGCAUGGCAUAGAUCUCUGUGCUGAUUGAUAAUGAGAGCAGGAGAAUUCUCCUAAAGGCCCUCUCCAGCAUAGCAUCUACUGUGGUUGCUAGGAUUACUGCAUUGCCGGUGCUACUGGCACUCACUAAUUAUAAAAAAAAAAAAUAUUUUUGUCACUUAAAUUAAUACCCUUUCUUAUGCAUGUCAAUACCUCAUUGGUCUUAGCAGCUUGUACCUGACAUUGCACAUAGUUGUCUAUAACUAUUCCCAAAUCGUUCUCCUUUAUUGUUUUUCGAUAACUUGGUAUAGGUUGCUUGUGCAUAACUUUGCAUUUAUGUACAUUCAAUCUAAUCUGCUCCUUAUUUAUCCAAAUACCUCUGUAAUAUCCUGCUCACAAUUUAUUAACUUACCAGAUUUCUGUUAUCUGGAAAGACUUAUACUUGACUUCUAUUGCCUAUUGCAAGAUGAUUAUUAAACAGGUUGAAGAUAAAUAGAUCCGUUUAAAAACAACAACAAAGUAUAUCAGAGUUUUAAAGUGUGAGAUGGUAUAUUAACUAGCUCAAACAGACUAGUAGACAACUGCUGGAGCAGCUUUGAUGGCUACAUUAUAGUAUAGCCACGAAUAAAACAAAAUAAUAUAUAAGAGCUGAGAAUAAAAUAGACAAACCAACAAAUAACUUGUGCUGGAAGACUCCCUGCACAAGCCCUAUUCAACAAUAAAUCAUAUGAUUCCCUGUACUAAAAAAAUGCUCUCACGCAGACAUACUGGCUCUGCAGACCAAGUGAGCGAGGAGAGUUACCAGUAAGCCUUCUCUGUCAAAUCUGGGUAGGGGACAAAUUUAUCAUGAACCUAUCGGAGUGGACUGCCCUGUAGGUCGUCCGAUACCCCUUUGCUACUUCUCUUAAUUUUUCUUUCUGUCUCUUCCUCUUGCUCAUUCCUUAUUUCUUUCUUAAGGCUUUCCUGACUGCCCCAUAAAGAAUCCUACAGCCCAUUGUAGAGUGAUUGCGGAACGUGGUUAGGUGAUCCACUCUACUCACUUUUGAACUUUACUCCUUUUUUGAGUAGCAUGUGUGCACCCCAGGCAAACGUACAAAGGGCCCCACACUGGUAAGAUCUCCUUAAGCUUGACUCUGCUAAAGGUUUUCCCCAUGCACGUUAUACUUCCACCAUGGCAUAUACCACGAGAGCUUGGGGAGGCCUGGCAUUGUCUGACUACCAUAUAUAUCACCAGGCAAUGGUCCUACAAAGGAAAUGGCACGCAGACCUGGCACAUAAGCUUCGGGUAGCCCUAGACAGAGCUAGCACGCAUACAUUUUAGUUGACUAAAUUUUAGGUUACCAUAUACAAACUUCUCAGAAGAGUGAGUAGUGCGGUUUUAGGGAGGACCAGGAUAACCAGGUGUUUUUCUCUUUGCCAAUAAUCUGCAAGAAUCUAAUUAUUGCAAAUGCAAUUAAGAUAAAUGUGUUAAACAUUUUUAUAUCUAUAGAUAGCACACACAGAAUAAUCAACGAUUUUUCAUAUAUUUAUUUCUGAUUCAUUCUCCAGGUUUACAAGAAUACUGAGGACCCAAAUGUAAUGUAUACGUGCCUUUUUAUUGCAUGACUACACUUUUGAAUUUUUGAAUUUAUUUUUUUAUUUAGACAAUAUUAAUUCUAUGAUUUAUACCUUUGUACUUCUUGUCUCAAAUAAAAAUGUAAUCCUAAAUGUUGUACAUGCUAAUAUCAAUUCUGUGCAUAUUCUUUGCAGAGCGUCAUUGAUUGGCUGAAAGCAUUGCGUUCAGCUGACACUCUCAGCCAAUGAAUGACCAGCUGGAUGGGCAUCUGGCUCCUGCUGCUGUGCAUCUCACUUGGAUUGAGAGGAGGUUCAGCUCCUGGAGGGACCUAGAUAAGAGUGAAAAAGUUUGCAAAAUGGUUCACCAAUUUCCGUAAACCGAUGCCAGAGUACUCCUGGCAUCAUUAGCACUACAGUGGGCACUAGUGGUUAUGAAACUUGGAGUAACCCUUUACCCUCUCACAAAAUUUCACAUCUCAUUUUUAAAAAGUGUAUUGCAUUUAAUAAAAUUUAGUGAUUUUUUUCUUUUAAACUCUAACCAUCAUGCCCAUUUCAGUGAUUUGAAAUGAUCAUGGUUGUAGGAGUUUGUAUGUUCAGCGUUUCAACUGCUGAGGGCUUGUUACACAUUGUCACACAUGACAAGCCUGGAGCACCUAAAUGUACCUUCCCUUCAUUUAUUCAGCCCUCCCAGCUUCAUGCCUCCCUGCAUUAAGUUUUGCAGUCUAUUUUUGCCCUCGCUUGCUCAUCCCCACUCCCUUCCUUUGUGGGCUCAGAUUGUGAGUAAUGCAUUUUGAUCCAGCAAAUGGUCCAAUCAUAGACUUCUCUAUGAGAAUCAUGUGAUUGGACCACACAAGACCCCCUGCUGAGGUCAGACAGAGUAGGUAAAUAGGUGCUGGGAGCUUUGCACUGUGCUGGAUUCAAGGUAAUUCUAUAAGUCUUUUUUGCAGCUUUUUUAGAUGGGGCAAUUCAUAAUGCUCAAUAGGGCAUUUUAACGUUAAAAAAAAAAGUUUAAGAAGCGUAACAGUCAUCUUUUAAAUUAUGUAUAUUGUUUUCUUUUGAGAAAAUGUCAUUUUUUUUUUGUCUGUCUGAGCGGCCAUGUUGUGUCAUCCUAUUCUGUUAUCUGCCCAACCCCUGCUCAACCUAACUCCCUGCUACUGUAUACAAAGUAAUACAGAAAUAGGCCCUCACUGUCCAAUAGUAUAGCUGCAAUUAACCAACAAGGAGUUCCCUUACCCUUGUGCAAAAUAGACCCAAAAAAACCCAAAAAGUUGCACAGCGCUAAAAAAUGACAAUAUACAUAUGAAGAGGAGAUUGGCAUCUAAUGUGUAUAUCUUUAAAACAAGGAGAUGACAAGAGACAAAUAUUUGGUACAGUACAGUAAAUAAAUACAAAUAGUAGGAUAUGAAAGCCAAUAGAACAAUCACACUUUAUAGAGCUAUGCAAGCUCUAUAUUUGUAGGCCUGGACGGUAUAAUCCUCAUCUAAGAAUAUAAUGGUGUCAGCCAGCAAGGCUUAGUAUCAGGUGGAUGUAGCCGCAAUAUGGAAAGAGAAACAGAAAGCCUCUCCAAUGGUAUGGUAUAUAUAUAAAAAUGGAUUAUCAAAGGAUAAUAUCCUGCUUACAUAGGAUAUUGAUGACAUAGUCUUACAAGACUGGCUUAUUUUAUUUAUAUUCUAUUCAAUCAUUUUAGUUUUAUCUUUGUCUUUUAACCCCUUAAGGACACAACUUCUGGAAUAAAAUGGAAUCAUGACGGAAUAUUUCCCUCAUGUGUCCUUAAGGGGUUAAAUAAAGUACUUUUUUAAUAAUACUUUUACCAAGUCUUUUGAAUACUUACCCUGUAUCCAGUUCAUGCUGCUGAUCCGGUUCCUGCAUACAUCCUCAGUUAGCACUUCCUGUCAGUCCGGCCAGGUACAGGAAAUAGAAGCUCCUGUACCGUGGUCCGCGCCGCCCGGCCACGCUUCCAGAGGUAGGAGACACAACAGAGAAGGUGUGGGAUAUGGGACUAAAGGACACUGGUUGGGAGGGAGAGGAGGAGAGACCACUAAGGGACAUGGGGGGGGAGAGGAGAGACCACUACAGGACACGGGAGGGAAGGAGAGACCACUAAGGGAUACUGGGGGGGUGGGAGAGACCACUAAGGGACACCGGGGGGGAGGAGAGACCACUAAGGGACACCGGGGGGGGAAGGAGGAUAGUGUCAGGGUUCUCACCGUGCCAUACAGACGGCCAGGCGUGGCCGCCCCAUGGGUGCCCGACGGGUUUGAACCUUGGUACUUUGCUGUCCUGGACUUGCUAUCUGCCUUUGAGUCACAGCAGCUCUGUUUUUGUGAGCUGUUCUAGUCCUAUUAUUCCUGGCUAUGUCUGCAGCAUUGGGGGCUAGACUUCGUCUGUGGUCAUUGCAAGGGCUUCACCUGACUCAGAUCAGUCAUCAGCCGGGUAUAUAAACACGGCCUCAUCCUGGGAACUUUAUCAAGUCUUUGAUCCUGUUGCAUGUGUUCAGUUCCUGUGCUCCAGUCUCUUGAAACUUAUUCUCCAUAUAGACCCCGGCUUCUGUCUUUGUUUAUCCUGAUCUCUGGCAUCCCUUGACUUCGGCUACACUUCAUUAAUCCUGACCUCUGGCAUCCUUUAACUUCAGCUAUCCCUUGACUAUCCUGCUGUUUGUGUCCUUGUCUGUACUGCAUUGGAAUCACUGUGUGCAGCACUGGCGUUGGCUCAUAUGGCAGAUCAUAUGGGUCAGGCAUUGUGAUUUUUGUUUGCCUAGGGCGGCAAAAAUCCUUGCACGGACUCUGGAUACUAAGCCUUGCUGUCUGACAACAUUAUAUCCUUAGACAAGGAUUAAACCGUCCAGGCUUACAAAUAUAGAGCUUGCAUAGCUCUAUAAAGUGUGAGUGUUCUAUUGGCUUUCAUAUACUACUAUUUGAAUGUAUUUACUGUACCAUUAUUCGUCUCUUCUCUUGUAUUUUUUUUUUUAAUAUAUAUAUAUAAACACAUUAGAAGCCAAUCUCCUCUUCGUAUGUAUAUUGCCAUUAUUUAGCGCUGUUUACCUCUUGUGUUUAUUUUACCAGUACCUUAACAAUCUUAACAAAACUUUCAUGUUUUUUUUUGUUGCUUUUUUGUUCCCUCCCCCCCACCGAUUGAAUUAGUGGAAUUGUCUAUGUAUAAAAAUAAAGCACAAACCUGCUCCCAUUUCCCCCCACAUUCUAUUAUGUCACAGUUAGUCUUAAUCAGAAGAAAAUGUGCCAAUAUAUUAACAGUGGCAUAAUGGGUUUAUAAGUGGGAACUGGCACAGUGAGAAUAUAAGGGUGCAAACUGAGAAAAGUUCACUGUGAUUGUUUGCAGUUUAAUGUCUCAAUUUUGGUUUCCAUGCAUUUUUAAUGGAUGCAUUAGGCAUGAUACAUGGAUAGCAAAAGGUAAAUGCAAUUUUAAUUCCCCAUCAACCCGCUUAGAUUAGGAAAAUCAUCCACCCUUUUAACAUGCAUACAAGUCUUCUAUUUAGAAUGCAUAUAGAAUAUAUUUAAUAAGUCUAGAAUUUCAUGAAACCAUCAUUCCAGUGAUUAAAUAACAGACAUGUUAAUAUUACAUGUCUGCUGAGGAAAUAAUUGAAAGUGAAAGCUGAUGAGAUAUGACCUUUGGAUGCCUUAAAAUGAUUAAAAUUGUCAGCAAAUACCGCUGGUACCCUCGGUAGUAGUGAUUGAAUGUCUGUAACUCAUCUUUAGCCUGGCAUUGUGGUUGCACAAAUGACAUAAAUAAUGAUACGUGUGUGCCAUAGCCAGCAGACUACCCGACAUUUGCACUGCUGUCGCUAAUAGCUCAAAUCUGUUUACUAAACUUCCAUUGCAUUUCCUGGUAUCUCACUCUAUAUCCAAAUUUCAGCUAUAAGUGAAUAUACCCCCUGCAAACAGCAUAACCUGAUGGUUAUAUAAUUAGAAUAAUUUCAUGUUCUUUGACAUUUACUGGUAAAUAAAAUAUGUAAAAAUCUUUAUAUAUUAUUUUCAAAUAUUCUGAUUUUAUGAAUGCAAAUAUAAAUAGUAAAAUAUUAAAUUAUUUUAAUGUUUUUAGAGCUUGAUUGAAUCAUACCAGUUUAAAUUUGUAUACACACCCAAGGGACCUCAGAUGCAUAUUGCCAGGUAAUGGAAAAAUCACAUUUGUAUAGAAGAUAUAUAUUGGUACUUGUAGAUAAUCACCGUAUAUGCAGGACAGUGCUGCUGGUCUUAGUGUUUGCAUAUAUUUAUUUAUGAUUUGCUAACAUUUGUAUUUCCAAUAUCAAAAUAGAUUAAUCUUAUAUUAUCAACCAAUUUUGCAUAUAAUGAAAAACUAUAUUUUAACUGCUGAGAAAUGUAACGUUCCACUCCUUUGGUAUAGAAUAGUUGGGAAGAGAAGAUCUAUAUUGUAAUAUUUAACUCCUUUACUGAUGAUCAUUUUCGAAUUCUUACUUAAUUGUAAAAAUUGUAAAAACACCAGUAACUUUCCUAAAUAUAAAGCAGUGAAAAAGCCAAGGCAGACAGCUGUAGACUGAUUUUCUUAUGUCUAUUUGUAGAUGAAGAACGUAAAUGUCUACGCACUAACCCUUGAGGUGUCAGAAAGAGGGAUAGGAUACUGUUACAUUUGGAACCCAAUAAAGGGACACCGUAGGUGCUAAAACCACUUUAUCUCAUUGAAAUGGUUCUAGCACCUGCAAUCACCUGAUGCCAUCCCUCUGCUCAUGGUUAAACUGUUUUUAAAUGGUUUAACACUGAAUUAGGGUCUCCAGGUUCCUGCAGACCCGACCCUCUAUGCUGCUUGGGCUAAUGAGGCUAAAUAGUGGCUAAAGCAUGGCCAAUCUCAGUCUAUCACAGUUGCGCAAUGCUGGUAUGAUUACAUCAAGGCAUAACAUUUCUGCUUGCCAACAGCCUGGUAGGUAGAACUACUCUCCUAGUGAGUUUGCCAUGUGUACUCCAGGAUUGCUGUGGGAAGUAACUUAAGGACUGGCUAGUAGUGUAGGACUUUAAAUAAUAAGCCCUGGUUAGCCAUACCUUCAGCGGGGCCUGGAGACACUUGUUCAGGCUUAAACCAUUCCAAAAUGUUUUAACAAUGACCAGAAGAACAACAACAUUAGGGGACUCCAGAUGUUGUGGACUACAUCUUUUCUAAUGGUCUUGAAGCAAUAAUACUUGAAAAGCAUUAGGAGACAUGUAGUCCAGAACAUCUGGAGUGCCCAGAGUGUCCCCUUCAGGACCAAUGACAAUAUAUCUAUGCUGUUAUAAAAAAAAUGUCUUCUUUAAAGUAUAUUAUUCAUUUAAUGUCAACAGAGCUGUGUAGGCCUGCUGGUACCAUAUAAGCAGGAUGCAGCACAAUGGGAUAAGGUCUUGGUGAGCAGAUAAUGAUGCUACCAAGUAAUAUAAUUGUCCCUAAAAGGAACGCUCCAAGCAGUAAAACUAGUACCACAUGCUGUAUUGGUUAUAGUGCCAAGAGUGCCUUGGAGUUUCCCAAUAUAAAUAAACUGUGUCAGAAUGGUUUUAUUAUUCUUUUUUUUCACUCGAUAGGCAUGGCAAGCAUACAUUGACGUUUGGGCUUGCGCAGAAGCCAACAUGAAUAUCAUACUUGGUAACAUAAUGCCAUUUAAGUACACAAUAAAAGCCGGUCUUUUAAUGGUUUGACUUCUUAAAUGGGGUCCACCAGGCACUGCUCCCUGCCUAACCUUUAGCCUUCAGAAGCUGUGUCUAAGAAAAGCUUUUCGGUGCAGGUCAUAACCCAGGAGAGCUAAGGUGAGCUCCUAAACAGGAGCUUAUAGCUCUACUGGUGGCUGAGAAGAGACCUUAGGUAAUAACUCAAAGUGGUCUAUAAUGGUUUGACUACUUAGUGGUUAUUCUGCAUAGAGUGUUAGUUUUUAAAUUAAUCUUAAAGGAACACUAUAGUCACCUAAAUUACUUUAGCUAAAUAAAGCAGUUUUAGUGUAUAGAUCAUUCCCCGGCAAUUUCACUGCUCAAUUCACUGUCAUUUAGGAGUUAAAUCACUUUGUUUCUGUUUAUGCAGCCCUAGCCACACCUCCCCUGGCUAUGAUUGACAGAGCCUGCAUGAAAAAAAAACUGGUUUCACUUUCAAACAGAUGUAAUUUACCUUAAGUAAUUGUAUCUCAAUCUCUAAAUUGAACUUUAAUCACAUACAGGAGGCUCUUGCAGGGACUAGCAAGCUAUUAACAUAACAGGGUAUAAGAAAAUCUUAAUUAAACAGAACUUGCAAUAAAGAAAGCCUAAAUAGGGCUCUCUUUACAGGAAUUGUUUAUGGAAGGCUGUGCAAGUCACAUGCAGGGAGGUGGGACUAGGGUUCAUAAACAAAAGGAUUUAACUCCUAAAUGGAAGAGGAUUGAGCAGUGAGGCUGCAAAGGCAUGUUCUAUACACCAAAACAGCUUCAUUAAGCUAAAGUUGUUCAGGUGACUAUAGUGUCCCUCUAAUUGCUUUGUAUUUUGUACAAGUGAUAACUAUUUCAAUACUUAUCUUUUAGUGACAGAAUUCCCCUUUUGAAAAAUGUCACAAUGGGUGGCAUUAAAAGUGCAUCAAUGGGUCUAAUCCGUAAACUUUUCCUUUUGAUGCACAAUCUGGGACCUCUACCCAGUGAUAUAUCGCUGACCAUGAAACUGUUCUACUAUGAUGCUGGUAAGUUGGUGGUUCUGUCAGACAUCAAUACUAUUAAUAUACAACAUCAUCCAUGUGUGUAUGGACAGUGUUUCAAAUGUUGGUGUUUUGGCUUUGUACACCUGAACAUUAAAUUUGAAAUGAAACACAACUGCAAGCGGGUGAUUCCAGUCAUCUUUAAUUUACAUCAACAAUCAAUGUAGAAACUAAAUACCCUUUUGACAUGAUUACACCAAACAUUAUGGAAUAGUGAAUGUAGUAGUAUGUAAUAAAAAUACAAGGCAAUAAAAAGUGCUGCUGUCCAAAUGCAAAGGAACACAGAGUAUACUGCAUACAUAUAUCGUAUUUCCUAGAUAUCAAAUAUUUUGUAUCUUAGAUAGUAAAGGAGAGCUACCAAGGAAAUAUUUUGAAAAUGAUUGCAAUGACACAGCCUAUUGCAAAUUGCAUCUAACAGUUUCCGUGUCAAGCUGUGGUUGAAUUAUUUUCCAGCUUCAGGAAAGAGAACAGUAAAUGAACGAGAAUAUUUUGAGUGAAUGUAUUGUUGAAAUUGAUUGAAGGGACAGCGUAAGGGUGUUUACAAAUGGUAUGGAAAAUAAUUCUGAACUAUGUAACAAAUCUAAUGCUAAAGAGUACUUUGGUCAUCAUGAAUGGGUUACACCAAAACAUCAAAAGUGAGUUUAUAUGGAACUAGAGGACAGAGCCUAGGGCAUGCUGGCAUUAUCUAAACAAAAAGAAAGCCUUCAGAAACAAAUUGAAGGUUCCUGCCUGAUGAACGGAUACACUAACAAGAAUCAAACAACACAAAGAAAGUAUUUAUAAUGUAACAAGCACCCUACCAGUGAAAAAAUGCUAUGUCAAAGGAAAUCACAAUGCACCUAGGAACGUUAUAAAUAUCCAUCACUGUCAUUGCCUAUAGAGGGGGUUAUUGGAAUACAAUUACUUCCACAUAAAUUGAAAUCUCAACGUCUAAAAUAGCUUUGUAAUUCUAGGGUUAGCUCAUGAUUAGAAAGUGAGGUUUGAUCAAAGUUGAUCUAUAUAAUUUAUGAGAUCUAUCUGUGAAGGUUUUUCAUAUAAAGGAACAAUCCACACACCUAAAGCAGUUUAGCUUGCUAACUCUUUUAAUUUCCUGGAUUCUGUCAUGGAAAUCUAGCAUUCACCUAUGUUACGACACUCACCGCCAGGUAGAUGAAGCCGCCGUUUAGUGAAUAAUCCCCCUCUCCAGAAAUGCAGUUUCUAUCCAGCCGACCGCCAAACUCCCGAACGAAGUUCACGAACACGGCAACUCCCGAUCAGCAAAACAGUCGAACGCCUUCCACAGCUAGAAAUAACGAAAGCGCUGUCCCAGUAAUAAUUCCCUCACAAACAAGACCAAGCUCCGUCUUGAGGGUCAAAUCAGGAUCUGUUUAAUGGGGGCUACCUGCCCGGUAUUUAUGCAGGUCUCCACAAGGUGGACACUCCCCGAGGGGACCUUGUGGAAGACUGUAAAACAUAUUGGACAGUAGCCAAUCGCAGUGGCUUCAAUAUAAGCUCUUCCCAUUUUACCCAUAAACCCUUCUUCUCUACCCCGGAGAUAAUUAGGAAGAAACCUAAUUAUCUCCCAGGAUAGAGACAAUCGCCAUUUUAAAAUACAGUAAGGAAAAUACAUUAAAAUAUAUAACUGAAGAAAUACCGAAUGAAUAUAGUUUGUGUAACGUAUCCCCAGACAGCCUGGAUCUGAGUGCAUAUUUCUACCGAAUAGCGCUCAGAUCCGAUGUAUCUAGUCGAAUCGCCAUGAGUCAAAGUCUUUCACCAGUCCUUCGGUAUACGAAUGACUCCAUGGGACGGCUAUCUGGGUAAAGGUCCAUUCAAAUGUAUAAAACUCCCGAACAGACCGGCGUUCGUGCGCCUCGCCGAAAUAGAAGGUGGGCAGCAGCUUCCAGCGGUGUUCGGUAGAUUAAAGUGUCCGUUUUUAGUUCCAUAGAAUUUGUACCGAACACCGCUACGCUUCCUCGUGUCCCAAAAUGGCCGCCGCCUCAUGGUCGGCAUGCGAACGAUGACCACCCGUACGAAUGGAAUGGAGAGGUGUCUGCGGUUAACCACAACAUUCUAAUUGGGGCCAAGAGGUUAACCAGCAGCACACUCCUCUCCUGGGUGGUCGUUCGUUCGGUAGUUUCAAUCGGUAUUUUGUAAUCACACGAACAGGGGCAUACGGACAGGAAAUCCAGCGAAAACAAAGGGUAACAGACGAACCAGCAAUACAGAUGAAUCUGUCACAACCUACAAUAAAGCUUCUUUAUCCGCUUAAGUACACAUGACGGAAAUAUUCCGUCAUGAUUCCCUUUUCUUCCAGAAGCUGUGUUCUUAAGGGGUUAUGGAUUAGAAGUCCUCUGAGCUAGUCCAUUGCACAGUAUUUACAAAAGGCAAGUUAGGCCCGGGAUAGGGAGAACACUAAUUAUAACAAAGGGCUUCUGGAAUCAAAGGAACAGACUCCACUCAUCAAAUUUCAAGGCACUAUAGGCAGUCCUGAAAGUGCUUCACUAUUUUCAACAAAAUUUAAGAACUGGUGGAUUGAAGUGAGGUUAGACAAUUCAACUACAUUCUAUUAUAUAUAAAUCAACAAGGGAGCCUGUAGUAGCUGGAUCAAGCUGUUAGCAGAGACCACAUACACUGAGAGGCACAACCAGGUUUCUGGUAUUGUAUAUCAAAAUAUCUGCAUAAAUUAUGGGCUGCAGCUGCUUACGUUCAUGGGAGAUACCAUAAAGGGUAGUUGAGAAUGACAGGGCUAGGAUCCUGUGAGACUUUCAGAUCCAGACAGACAAGCAAGUACUGGACAACCAGCCCGACAUUAUGGUGGUUAAAAAAGAACAGAAGACUCCAGUUGUAGUGCAUGUGGCAAUACCCUGUGACCACAACAUCAAGAAGGAAUGUGAGAAGGUGGACAAAUACCAAGAACUGAAAGAGAAUCUAGAAAGCAUGUGGAGAGGCAGUAGUACUCCCAGUUGUGAUAAGAGAACUCGGCUGUAACAAACAAAUUGGGAGAUUUGCUGCAGUAGAUUCUAGGUGGGACAUCUGAUGUCUCUGUCCAGAAGAGUGCACUUCUAGGAACAGCUAAGAUACAGCAGAACCCUUGGACUCCCAGGCCCCUGGUAGAGGACCUAAGAAAGAGAAAUACACAGUCAAUUUUACUUAAACAUGUCUUGAAGUUUUAUAGACUUUAUAGCAGUGCAAGGUGCAGUUUGGGGGUGUAACUGUUAAACCGUUUAAAAACCUUCUUGCUCUUCUUGAUGCUAAACCCAAAGAAAAAUCAAUUUAAGGUGAGUAAAGCAUGAGGCAACGGUUAAUUAUAUAAAUUCUAAAAGAAGGCGGUGUGUCUAUUUAUUUACUUUGCUACGAAGUGGGCCUAAAUAAUAUAAAAUCCACUGUAGAGAUUGGCACUUCGCAAUCCUACUUGUUUCACCCAUCCUUUAUUAUCAGGAUUCAAAUUCUUAAUUAACCAUAAUUAAGAUUUAAUGGCUUUCAUGCUAAUUACCUUGACCCCUAGCUUCCAUAUCAAUAAAAUAAUAUUAAAAUAAAAUGUAUGCCUAUGUGCCAAUUAACCUCUAGCACCUAAAUAAAUACUUUUAGAUAAUAUUUAAGCAACAGGAUGGGCAGAAUGCAUACAAAAUGUGAAUUGUGAAUUCUAGUGUGCUAAUAACAGUUAAAAAUGCAAUAUUCAUUUAGUAAGCUAAAGCUGUUUGUAAAUGCAUGCUUAAUUCUUCUAGUGACCCCUCCCCAUUACCAACCACCUGGCUUUAAGGAAGGGGUGGCGCACAUAAUACAUUUCGAAGGUGACCCUGUGCACGUGAAACUGGCCGAGGUGUCAACCUCAUUUCAUGUGUUUAAAUUGCGGAUUACCACUGAGAAAGACAGAAUGGAAACGUUGAAUGAACAAUCAAUAUUUAAGGAACAGGAAGAUAAUGAUGGGCCACAGAAGAAAUGUGUAAGUACAGUGAGAUUAUUUAUUUACGCUUGGAAUGCUAAACCAAGUUAGCAGUAGAUACUCCAAAUUGCACAGUGAAAGGGAAAUAAAAUAUAAAGCAUCAAAUUUGAAAAAAAAAAAAAGCUUUGUAGAUAGGGCUAGCUUUAUAAACUAACUAUGCCUCUAUGAUGUUGAAUCUUAAAUGCAAAGGAAAUAUUUUAGAAAGUAUCGUUAAUUAUUAUUAAUAAUAAUUUCAUCAAGCAUUGUGAGGAAAUUUAUUUUUUAAUGGAUUACAUGUAGAAAAAAAUAGAAAAACUCAUCACUACCUUUAGUAUAUGACAGGAUCCUUCAGCCAUAUGCAUGCCCCUUAGGUCUGAUACUGCAUCUGUGCAGAGAGUCAGCUUAUUUAUACAUUAUACGUCUUGGGGUUCCUCAAGAAAAACACCAAGGUGGUCAUCUGUAUUAGAUGUUAGUGGCUGCAUGUGCAUAAUGGAUUUAAAGUUGCCAUCUUAACCCCUUAAGGACUGGACUGUUUUUGCGAUGUUGUACAUUUGCGACCAGGCAUAUUUUUACACUUUUGUGGUGUUUGUGUUUGGCUGUAAUUUUACACUUUCUCAUUUACUGUUCCCAUACAAAUUAUUUAUUGUUUUUUUCAGGACAAAAGGGGCUUUCUUUACAUACCAUUAUUUAUAUAAUCUCAUGUAUUUUAAUUUAAAAAAAAUACAAAAAUCUGAUGAAAAAUUGAAAAAAAUACAUGUUUUUUGACUUUUACUUGAAAAAUCUUUUACUCAUCUACAAAAGCGAAUGAAAAAAAACUGCUAAAUAGAUUCAAAAUUUUGUCCUGAGUUUAAAAAUACCUAGUGUUUACGUGCUUUUUUGCUUUUUUUGCAUGUUAUAGGGCUAUAGGUACAAGUAGGAUAUUGCGGUUUCAAAACAUACAUUUUUAAAAUUUAUCAAUAGUGACAUUGUAAAACUAUUAUCUGUCAUAAAUCUCUGAAUAACACCCCACAUGUACAUAUUUUUUUUAAAGUAGACAACCCAGGGUAUUCAAUAUGGGGUAUGUCCAGUCUUUUUUAGUAGCCACUUAGUCGAAAACACUGGCCAAAGUAAGCAUUCAUAUUUGUUUGUGUGUGAAAAAGUAAAAAAACUAAAUUGAACGCUAAUUUUGGCCAGUGUUUGUGACCAAGUGGUUACUAAAAAAGACUGGACAUACCCCAUUUGCAAUACCUUGGUUUGUCUUCUUUUGCAAAUGGUAUGCCAUCAUGGGGGUAAUUCUCAUUCCUGGGCUACCAUACCCUCUCAAAGGCAACGUAACCAACCUGGCCAUUUUCAAUGUAAAAAUAUUUGACCCAUAUAUUUGACCUUGUAACUUUCAAAAAUGCUAUAAAACCUGUACAUGGGGGGUACUGUUUUACUCGGGAGACAUCGCUGAACACAAAUAUUAGUGUUUAAAAACUGGAAAACGUAUCACAACAAUUAUAUCAUCAGUAAAAGUGCUGUUUGUGUGUGAAAAAUGCAAAAAAAGUCACUUUCACUGACAAUAUCAUCGCUGUGAUAUGUUUUACUGUUUUGAAUCACUAAUAUUUGUGUUCAGCGAAGUCUCCCGAGUAAAACAGUACCCCCCAUGUACAGGUUUUAGGGUGUCGUAGAACGUUACAGGGUAAAAUACAGUGCUAGCAAAUUAAAUUCUCUGGAAUUUCGGCCUGGGUUGGCAGGCAGGUCCCUCAAAUUGCAAUCAAUAAAAUUACUGAAUUAUGUAAAAAUAUUACAUAAAUACGCACGUAGAAUUUAAAUAUAUAUGCAUAUUUAUAUAUUUGAAGUCUACGUGUAUAUUUAUAUAAUUAUUUAUGUAAUUUUGUAUAUGGACGUAUGUAUAUUUCUUAUUAUUUUUAUUUAUUUUAUAUACAUAGAUAUAUAUACAAAUUCAUUCUAAGUGUAUUUUGAUAUAAAUAUAUAUAUAUAUAUAUAUAUUAAUUUUAAAAUACAGUUAGAAUAAAAUUUCAUAUAGCUAUAUAAUUUUUUUUUAAUUUUUUAUUAUUAUUGAAAAAAUUUUUUAUUUAAUUUAAAUUACUUAUUAUUUAUAUUUUAUAAUAAUAUAUAUACAAUAUAUAUAGUUAUUAUAUAUAUUAUAUAUAUACGUGUGUAAUUUAAUUAUAAGUGUAUUUUUAUAUUAAUAUAAGUACAUAUUAAUAUAAAAAUACACUUAGUAUGACAUUAUAUAUAUAUGAUAUAUAGACAUAUUAUAUAGAUAUAAUAUAUGUCUAUAUAUCAUAUAUACACAUAUAUAAUUAUUAUUAUUUUUUUUAUUAACACUAACUUUAUUUUAUUUUUUGAUUUUACACUAGCAGGGAGACUGCCUGUCAGCACAGGCAGUCCCCCUGCAGGCAGACACUAGGACACCUAUUGUGACCAUGUGAUCGCUGUGUUAAGCGAUCACAUGGCCACAGGGGUCCUAAUCUGCCAUGGGGAGACUGUCUGGGCUGCAGACAGUCUCCCCACAACCGGAGCCACGCUGAUCGCCGCCGGGGGAACGACGGCGAUCAGGUAAGUAGCUCUGACCGUUAGGACGGUUCAGGACCGUCAUCGGUCGGCAACGCAAAAAUGCCGAUGACGGUCCUGAACCGUCCUCGGUUGGGAAGGGGUUAAAUAAUGCAUAUACAAUAAUCAAGUUACUAUAUCAUUUAUUUAAUACAUUUGUUGGCAAAUUUGAAAGCACAGUUAGCAUACAUAACUCAAGCACACUAUGAAUGACAGAGUUUCUUUCUCUGCAACAUUUAGUUAAAUGGCAUAUUUGUUUUUCAGUAUAUGUUCAUGAUCAUGCUGUACAUAUGAACUACAAAACAAUUUGUUUUACAUUUUAGAUUUAUGUAACUACUGUUUUAGAGCAAAAACAGUGUAAACAUUUUUAUUGGACUAAAUUAUUUUUGAAUGGCAAGCAUUUGGAAGGUCUUUUAUACCAUACUGAUUGGUUUCUUGUUCUUGGAGCCCCAGGGGUAAGGGUAGAGAUUUGACACUUAUUACAUAGGCUGAAAAGAGACAUCCCUCCAUCAAGUUCAGCCUUAUAAACAAUAAAUUCAGCUCAGUAGAAAACAGAACCACAGUUCUUACCACCAGACUUCCGACAGGUGGGUUAUCCGCAUACAGGAAAACUGGAGAAGUGCAGUAAAAAGAUAGAAUUUUAGGAAAUCUCUGAGAAAGUGCCUUCCCAGCAUGCAAGGCAUAAUUGUCUUUCCUGCUGCUAUCCCCCUCGGUAUACUGUUUAUUAUUUAUAUUUAUCAUUUUACUGAAUUUGGAUGAAAUAAAAAACUAUCUUUUAUUCAUACAAUGAGCCUGCAUAUUUGUCCUCAUAUGAAACCCGGCGCUGCUACAGUAUUACCAGAGAUUUUCAACUUCCUGAGCAGGAACUUACUUGAAUGACUUUGUGAUUCUCCAAGCAAGAAUUGAGCCCACCUAAACUAAAGCUCCCAAGUUCACUUUGCAUGAGAGGUAGAGCAGCCCCAGAUGAUCAAAUGGCUACUAACCACAAGAUGAAGAUGAUAAGUGGACAUGAGGUCCUCUGUUGUCUAAGGAGAACGGAUACAUUAUAUACAAUUUAUUUGAGAAUUUUUUUUUAUAAAGACAUAGUUCAUCUACACCAGGGGUGCCCAAAAGUUAGAUAUCCUGGUGUUCAGAGAGGCAGAGCCAGCACCCACAAAACGGCAGCUCCGUGCUCCUACUCCGCUAAUUUCGAUUUCCUGGCAUUCUGAGCCACCUCUCUGGGGUCUGAAGCGGCAGCCCAAGUGUCGCAUGAUAUGUGAAAGAAAAAUAAAAAGCAGCAAGCAGAUCCAGGCUCUGCCUCCCGAGAUAUAGGAACCUUUCUGCGCACAGCCACACUUCCUGAACCUCCUUAGAUGGCGGAGCCCUAUUACUUACAAACCUCAGAUGACAACAGCCUAUUUGCAGAGCAGCCAGCUUUCCUAAAGGUACACACAGUUGCACAGGUGUCUCCAGAGAUAGAGGACUCUGCACCAUCUACCAAGGCUGACAUAAAGGCAAUAAUACUAGACAUCAGAGCCAUGUUCCAAGAGGCUAUGGAAAGGUCAUCGCCACUCUGUUGACACCUAAGCAAGCUAAGCUACUGGUGGUUGACUCCUGCUCUCACCUCCCUAAGGCCCCCAUUGCUCAUCAGGGAACUGCUCGAGAUGUGCUACUUAAGCUAGUGCUGGACUCUGAUAACGAUACCUUUUGAGGGGGCAGAGCUGGCAUUUUAUAGAGACUUCUCCAGGCAAACCCUUACAUGGCGGAGGUCCUUCUGAAAGGUCACCCAAUUACUGAGGGAGAACGCCAUUCCCUACAAGUAGAGACCACAUUGCCUAACAGCAUACAAAGCUGGCAAGUCACACCACCUGACACACCAAUCCAAAAUGCCUGCUUUUCUCCAAUCAUUGGAAAUUGUCGGCAGCGGUGACUGCUUGACUUGCCUGGCUGGUAGAAGAAAUUACUCCUUUCGUACCCCGAAAGCUUGUUUCAGGGAUGGUCGAAUUACCUACUUGAAGGACACAGCUGCCAACCUCCAUAAUCACUUUAAAUGUUAACUAUGUUAUGAUGUUUCACUAUUUAAAAAAAUAUAUUCUUUAUUUUUGGAAAGGAGUGGUGAUUCAAGAGCAGUUUGGCAUGUGUAAAACUUUGCAAAAACCUGAGACAUGCUCAGUCUGUUCCUACAGGCGAUUUAAAAAAAAUGCCUAAGUUAAGAAGAUACAAAACGCAACAAAAUAAUUUUGGCUAAUUGAAGUUGUUUUAGUGUAUAUGUUGUGCCCCUGUAGUCUCACUGUUCUCUAUUUUCUGCUAUUUAUGAGUUAAAUCACUUUUGUUUCUGCCCAUGCAGCAUUAGCCACACCUCCCCUGGCUGUGACUGAUACCGCCUCUGUAAAAAAAAAAAGAAAAUCAGAUUUUAACUUACUUUAGAAGUGUUUAGCUCCUGCUUUGUAAUUUGAGGUUUAAUCAUACACAGCAGGCUCCUGCAGGGUCUAGACUGCUAUUAAAAGAGCAGAAGAUUAUAAAUUCUUAAUAAAACAGACUGUGCAAUAAAGUAUUUUUUCCCCAGUUAAAAAGAUUGUUUGUUAAGUUUAUCUGGAAGGGGAAACCGCUUAGACUGGCUUAUGAAUAUUUAAUUAGACCUAGAGAGAGAAGGCUUGGGUCUACCGGAUAUGUGCAGCUAUUAUUAUGUGGACACCUUACAUGUAUUAUAGAGUGGUCCCACAAAUACUCCAAACCAUGGAUUACAAUGGAGCAAAAUUUAGUAAUUUCUAAUAUCUCUAACAUACCUUUUUUGGAAGUGGGAGAGGGGAGCAGAGAGAAUAGAAAUAAAAUAAUAUCAAAUGUAAUAUGGGCUAAACAUUCUAUUAUAACAGCUACUUUAGAAAUUUGACUAAAAGUUUGAAAAAAAAAAGAUUGAUAGGCAACCUGUCUGGUCUUCUUUUAUCCAUUACAGAUGUAAGAGUGUGUUCAUUAUAUUUCACAUGCAAUAUUUGAGAAUUUCAAUAUUAGAUUGGAACAUAUUAAUUUGGUAACUGUAGACUUACUGCUUAAAGAAACAAAUAUCAGUAGGAGACUAUGGAAAAUGGUUUAGCUUUGGAACCUCAGGAAUCCAUAAAAAAACUGCUCAAAAGUUAUCAAGAACAAGCUUUUAAAUUAUCUAGAAGUUAUAGAACACCAGUAGGAGAUUUGCCCCUCAAGUUAGUGAUGAAUGUUAAAGAUGUAAAUGUCAUGGGGGGAUAUUCUACAUAUUUUUUGAAGUUGCUCGUUAAUUACUCCUUUGUGGGGAAAAAUUGAGAGUCUGAUCUCUAAGUUAAUUUUUCCAAAUUUUCACUUGACUUGUGGGAUAUAUUUGUGAAAUCCUUCAACGAUGUUAACAGAAAAGAGGGAUAAUUUAACCUGAUGAGUGGAUACUGGGUUCUUUAUUUUUUUGUGGAGUUUUGGCUUGGUGUGGAGGUCUGAAGGGGCGGUUGGGGAGAAAGAGGGGGAAUAUGGGUGGCAGAGUUCUUGAGUCUCCCCCCCCAUCUUUUUUUUAUUGUUGUUUUGUGUUUGUUAUUGACUAAAUUAUUUUUAUUGUUUAAAUAACUGUGUAAAAAAAAUAAAAUAUAUUAAUUAAAACAUUUUUACUUUAUUUAUGCACCCUAGUCACUCCUCCUUGUAGUUGACUUACACAGCCUUCCUAAACACUUCCUGUAAAGAUAAAUCUAAUGUUUAAACUUCCUUUAGGGUUACAAAUAGGAAGGGUCUGAAAAAGAUAUAAGAAUCUUGGGAUAAUAUUCAUAGAAACUAUACUCUUUUUACCACACCAAGAAAUUGGAGAGGUAGACCAGCGUGUGAGAUUAACUUUUAUAGUAGUUAAUGUAAAGAGAUAGUUAAUAUCAUAACAGUCCCUAGGGUUAUCACUAAGAUUAAUAAACAAAUAUUUAAUGGCUAAGGCUCCUGUUUUGACAUGAUAAUUUAUCUGGGACAAGUUUUUAUUUGAUAGGCUAAUAUUCAAAACUUCACUUUUAUUAUUUUAAAUUCAGAUAAUCAGUUACAGAUCCCUUCUAGAGACACUAAAGGAUUAGAAACAGUAACACAUGCCGCAAUUUUUUACUAGUCCUGACUUGAAAGGAAACCCACUAAUACUUUCCGCCUGUCUGACUGAGGAAAAUAAAGGUUCCAUAACCAAUACAAAAAGUUGAGGGGUUAGGGGACAACCUUGCCUUGUCCCAUUCAAAUGAGUUAAUUUAUUUCAUGGUUAUCUAUUUAUUUUGACUCUAGCAACUGGAUGUGAAUAUAUAGACUGAAUCCAUGUCUUGAAUCCCAUUCCAAUACCCAAUUUCUUCGAAACUUUCAACAUAAAUAGACAACUAACCCUAUUGAAGGGGACGUUUAUUUAGCUAUGUUUAUAUAUAUAUAUAAAUAAACAAAGUGCUUUAACUUCUAAAUGGCAGAGAAUUGAGCAGUAAGACUGCAGGGGCCUGAUCUAUAUACCAAAACCACUUAAUUCAGCUAAAGUUGUUUCGGUGACUUUAGUGUCACUUUAAUAUUCAUACUUUUUUCUAAUAAUUGUUUUGUGUUUGCAAUGAGACAUAUCUUUUAAAGUAAUUAUCCAGUACUACAAAAUAAACUGAAUUAAAUAUUAUAGUAUUUUAAUUAAUUAUUUGAAUUUGACUGUUAAUUUUGUUUAGGUGCCUGGACAUGCUGUUGCCAAAAAACCUAAAAUAAAGGAAACAUCAAGGAAAAGAAGACGUUGAGAACUUUUCAAAUAUCAUUUAGAUCUUUUUUUAUCAUUUUAAAAUUAUAGACGACAGUUAAUUAUUGGUUAUUUAGCUUUUUACCUGUUGUUUUUUUAAAUGUAUUUUAUCUUCCAGGUUUCAAAUAUAAUAUGGUAAGCAGUAAUUAAUUUUAAAAAAAUCAUACUAUUUGAUCAGUUGUUAAUAGUUAUUAAAUCUUUCACACAUAUAUAGUAAAAUACACACAUAUCACUUCAAAUUACGUUAAUUUCUUCCAAUGGAAUAUUUAACUACCGGUAUGAUAUUACGACGAUACGUGUAGCAUUCUAGAGUUAUGACUGACACUGGACGUUGUAACCCUGCAUCCUUUUAUGACACUCCGCAUCCUCCUCCCUGUAGUGAUACAAGCCAUGAUUAGUCAAUCCUGCAAAUAUUUUCAUACUUCCAUAUUCUGUGAUUGCAGGAGUGACGCUGACCAGUCUUAACUGAUCUUGUAACCCUGAUCUUGUAAUAAUACACAUUAUUGUUCUGUUUCUUCAGUGCCCUGUUGUGGUGUCUGAGAAUAAGAUUUUUCUAUUUUACUUUUGCCAUUUUGACCUGGCAUUGUUCUCAUUAUCCAUCGUUUCUGUGCUCCACUGGUUUGUUUAAUGUUCUUGCAUUUGUCUGCACUCUUUAAUUUUGGUUUUUUUUGGGUUACAUUUGCUGCUUCUGCCUGGCCAGGUACAUGGGGAAGAGAUGGCAGCAGUAUGCACUAGGAAUCCCAGGAGAUAUGCUCAGUGCAAUUUUCUGUUUGGAAACCUUAAGUUCUGGCUUUGUGGGACUUUCUUCCUGUGCAGACCGAGUGGAGAGACAGGCACCAUCCCAGUGUUGGACACGACGGUUCAGUCUGUCCGUGUGAGGAAGCAAUUGUCUGGUCCCUCACCCCAGCCCAUCUCGCCACUCUGCGGCUGCCUAUAUCUUUCCUGGUUUUUGGACCUAGGAUAGAACCACUCACGGGCAUCACAAAACAGUCAAGAAUCCUAAAGUUUGGUUCUCACUGUCUUGUAUUCGGUUUGCGGUUAGGACAGAAAGAUUCGGGGCUAAAGAACCACACCAGAUGUCUCCCCCUCUGGUGAUGUCAUCUGGUUCAGCCCGCACCCCCUUAGUGACUGCACUUGUGGAGAAUAGCUAGCCACAGAUUACUGGUGUUCAGUCACAUUGAGUUUUAUAUAAGAAUGUUUUCCCCCCUAACACCUCGACAGUCAUCGGAACUCCUCCUCCCUCAGGAUCACGGUGUCUGAAAACAGGCUGAGCUUACAAUUAGAUCUUCACCGCAGCACUAAGACGCAAGACAUUUAGAAUUAAGAUUAGGGUGAAAACUAGAGUUAGAAACUCAUUUAGCCUUACUCAAUUCCUAUUUUAACAAUACAAAUAAGGCUUCACAAUAUGUAUGGCAGACUGAGGAAACCUGGCAAUCUUGGUAAAUCUUGUCUGCAAUUUUAUUGUUUUAAUCAAUAAACCCUUUUUAUUUCAAA